AUGUUGACAGCGUUGCACUAUGAAGUUUUCCUUGAUUUCAAUGGUAAUAUGAAGACUGUUGUGAAAUUACAGUUAAGUGAUCGCAGGGGUAGGUUUGAUUGUGAACUUCGCGGUUCCUCUGUUACUCAGUUUCAAAGUCUUUUCAACAACUGCUAUGAGGGGUUACCUAUUGUUAUGCUUCAAUUUGCUAGAGUGAAAAUGGAUAAAGGUUAUGUGUUUGUUGAAAGUGUGGAUGAUGUUACAAGAGUAUUAGUUGAUCCUCAUAUUGCUGAACUUAUUAGUUUUAAGAUGGGAUUUAAGAAGAAGUUUAGUCGCUGCUAUAUUCGCUCUAUUGCAGUUAAAAUGAAGAUGAUUGAGAAAAAUUAUCGUCUUUUUGAUCAAUGUUAUCCGGUGAAAACCUUAUAUGAUUUGGUUAAAUCCCCAGUUUAUGGAUUGUUUGUUACCUUUGCCGAAAUGGUUGAAAUUACAAACUAUGAUGAUUGGUUUUAUGCUGUAUGUGAUUGUCAAAGAAAUCUAAUUAAAUACAAUUCAUCUUUCUACUGCACUGAAUGUCACCGUACCUCAUUCCGGGUUUCUCCGAAGCGGAAAGUUGAAUUUGUUGUUGGUGAUUCUACUGGAAAGGCUAUUUUUACUGCUUUUGAUGAGUUAAUUACUGGAUGUGUUUCUACUAGAGGAAACAAAAUGGGUUUGAAUAAGAAAGACUCCUACAACUCCUAUAGCAAUUUUCUGGGGAAGAAUUAUCUUUAUGUUGUGCGCAAAACACAUGGUCCAAAUAUUUUAUUGCCUGAUGUCUUUGAAGUUGUUGAGAUGACUUCGGAUCUAACCAUCAUUCAAAGUUUCUUAUCAAAAGGCAGCUCAUACACUCCAACCAAGUGCAUUUUCAAGCCUUCAUUCUCUGAGAUUGUUCCAGUUGAUUUUGAUAUUAUUGGUACAUCUAAUUUGGGUUGCUGCCAAGGUCCAUCCGUUGUUCCUGUUUUACAAGGUUUUGCUCGAUCCGACUGUCGAUUAACUGCUGGGGAACCAAUUGUGGCCAAAAGAAAUUUGUGCCAUAUUCUUGAAGGUGUUCCAUUAAAGAAAUCCCGUGGCAUUUGA